GUAAGUUUGAUGCUCAUCUAAUUUCUCAAGCUAUGGGUAUAUGUGUUGCCCAAAUCCCAAAUCAUUUGAGAUUUGGGACGCCAAAAUCCCAAAUUACUAAAGAUGCUCUAUAUAAAACAACGGGACAAGAGAUCGAGCUAUUUACUGAUGAUAACAUGUAUCUCUUCUGUGAAAAAGGGAUCCGAGGAGAAGAAGCAAAGAAAAAUCUCUUUACUUGGUUAUUAUAUGUUGAUGCAAAUGCACUAUAUACUGAGGCAAUGAUGCAAAGCAUGCCAACAGGAGGACAUAGAUGGAUAACACCUGAAAAAACUCCAGAUCUUUUUGAUAAAAUUACCAAGUGUGAAAUUCCUAAUGACGCACUUAAAGGCUAUAUUCUUGAAGUAGACCUUGACUAUCCAUAUAAAUUACAUAAAGCUCAUACUUCAUAUCCAUUAGCCCCUGAAAAUAUCGAGAUUUCUAAAGAGGAAAUGAGUAAGUAUGGACAAGAGAUUAUUAAUGAUUUAAAACAUUAUUCAAAAACUAAGAAACUCGUCUCUAAUCUCAAUGAUAAGAAGAAGUAUAUAGUUCAUUAUCGAGUGUUACAAUUUUAUAUAAAGCAGGGAAUGGUACUUAGGAAAAUCCAUCGUGGUAUAGAAUUUGAUCAAAACUUUGUUAGACCGGAAGGAGAAUCAAAAAAAUUUAAAAGGUUAGUAGCUGAUCCUAGUUACAAGUCUCAUAGAAUUUUAGCAGAGAAUUUGGUAGGUAUUUCUCGUCAUCAAACAAAGGCCAGACUUAGUAAACCUAUCUUUAUUGGGAUAACUGUUCUCGAUGAAAGCAAAAUCACAAUGUAUAAUUUCUAUUAUAAUGUUAUGAAAAAACGAUAUGGAGAUAAUGUAGAUGAUUAUAAACCAGAUUAUCUUGUAUAUCAAGCUCUCAGAAAAGAAAAAAUGGGGUUGAAUAAGAAAGUCCCUGGUAAGUACAAGGACGAAAGUAGUGGUACUGCUAUGUGGAAAUUUUGCGGACCAAGACCUAAGCUUUAUAGUUAUAUUCUUGCUGAUGGAAAAACAGAUCGAAGAGCUAAGGGAGUACAAAAGGUAGUAGUUAAAAAGAAUCUUACUCAUGAUAUGUAUGAAAAUUGUUUAAAAUCUCGAAAAGAAUGCAUGGUAACAAUGCAUAGAUUAGGAAGUAAAGACCAUAUUAUUAGACUUCUUCGUUCAUCUAAAAUUGGUAUAAUAUAUAUAUUACAAAAAAUGACAUCAACUAAAGUAGGCUCAAAGAGCCAUUACUCCGCAAUAAAAAAAUCCCGCUAUUUCAAAUUACAAGAACAACUUAAUAAACUUGAAAAUAAAUUUGAUAUACUGGAUGAUGAUUUACUUGAGUUUAAAUGGGAAAUAGAUGAUAUUAAAAAGACCUUAUCUUUGAUUAAAUCUAGCAAUACAAAGUUUUUUAAAAAUUCCGGAACUCUAUCUGAAUCAGACUUAUCAGAUAAUAGGGGAGCUAGUGUCUAA